AUGGCGGACCCUUUAGCUAUUAUUGCCUCAGUACUGGCUAUCAUUAGCACCGUAAUUAAAUCAACAAAAUCACUAUGCGAUGCUGCUUCAAGCUAUGGAAGUCGUGACAGACCCCUUGGAAGGCUUCAAGACAACCUCCAUGACCUUGCGCAAACUUCGGACGCUUUGAAGCAGGUCAUUGAUGCAGAGCCAUCGAUUUUGGAGCUCCUGCGUGAACCAACCGACCAAUGCAGCAAAGUAUGUCAUGAUUUCGAACAGUCGAUGGAAACCCUCAAUCCUAGCGCACCGAGGAACAUCGAGGAUUAUUCAGGGGCUGAUUCGCUUGCUACGUCUACUGCUAUGACUGCCGAAAGAGCUUACUACCAUUGCGGUAGUUUUUUCAUCAAACGAGGCCUUCAGCCGAGUGAAUACAAGACCACCAUUCGAGGCACCAAGCAUAUCCCCCGACUAGGGAAAGAACGACUUCAAAAUGAGGCCGCAGCGUUGCAUUUCAUUCGACGCAUGAGUAACAUCCCUGUUCCAACUUUGUACGGUGCUUUCGAGGUCGACGACUCGUUCAUAUUAAUCACAGAGCACGUCGAUGGCGUGUCUAUGUCAGCUUUAUCGGAAGAUCAAAAAAGCGUCGUCCGUACUGAAGUUGAGCAACACCUAGCCACCCUCAGUGGGAUCAAAUAG